GCCAAGUCUCACGCAAUCAGGCCCACUGAAACUACCACCACUUUUGCUCCUCGUAGUUUCGGUCUUCGGAGAGCUCAUCGCUGCGCCCAGAAUCUAGAAGGGAGCGGAAUCAAAGUUUCCGUCGAUCACCUUGCAGUUGAUUUCGCGAUCGUUGACUAUAGGAAUUCUUGGUUGAAGAGCAAUCUCUAAGCGUAUACGUGAUCCGAUUCAUGGCGGAGCAGGAGAAAGAGAGGAAUAAGUACAGUUUAAUUGUCCCAACCUACAACGAGCGCCUCAAUAUUGCUCUUCUUGUUUACCUCAUUUUCAAGCACCUCCCGGAUGUUGAUUUUGAAGUAAUUGUCGUUGAUGAUGGAAGUCCUGAUGGUACUCAAGAAGUUGUGAAAGAGUUGCAAGGGGUAUAUGGUGAAGAUCGCAUUCUAUUGAGAGCCAGACCUAGGAAGCUUGGCUUAGGAACGGCUUACUGUCACGGUCUCAAGCAUGCAACUGGCAAUUUUGUUGUUAUAAUGGAUGCUGAUUUAUCCCACCAUCCCAAAUAUUUACCAAGCUUCAUUCGGAAACAGUUACAAACAGGUGCUGAUAUAGUUACAGGCACCCGAUAUGUGAAAGGUGGCGGUGUGCAUGGAUGGAAUCUUAUGCGCAAACUAACAAGUAGAGGAGCUAAUGUUCUUGCCCAAACACUUUUAUGGCCCGGUGUAUCAGAUUUAACUGGAUCUUUCCGGCUCUACAAGAAAUCUGUGCUUGAAGAUAUCAUUAGUUCAGUUGUUAGCAAGGGAUAUGUCUUUCAAAUGGAGAUGAUUGUUCGAGCUACAAGAAAAGGCUAUCACAUUGAAGAGGUUCCAAUAACCUUUGUUGAUAGAGUGUUUGGAAUUUCCAAGCUUGGAGGAUCUGAAAUAGUAGAGUAUUUGAAAGGUCUGUUGUACCUUUUGGUCACCACAUGAUACACAAAAUAGUGAAAAUUUAUUGAGUUACUACCAGGUAAGCUUCUUGUUUGAUUUCUGGUUAGGUACCCACCACCUCCAGGCUUUUGAUGUAAACUUGAGAUGAUAUUUCCUAAUUAGGGGUUUUCCCGCAAUUUUCCUUACAAAUCAAAACCACAACUGCGAGCUUAUUUGGGCCAUGCUAGGUAUUGUAUUCCAUGUUUAUUUUGUAGGAUACCUCCUUUGACUGGCGGGUUUUUCUUCCUUUCAA